GUAGCUGGGGAAAGUAAACAUUACUGAGCUGCUAAUCACAGGCUGGGAAAGAAAACAGCACUUCACUCCGGGAUCUGCCCAGGAUCAGACCCUCUCCCUCUGCUUUCCCGGCUGCUUCCCACUGGAUACUCUUUGUCAUUCUUUCCCCUUUCCUUAUUAUAGAUUUUUUUUUUUUUUUUUAAUCCUUCUUCUCACUUGGAAAUGGGACUGAUUUUCCAGCCUCUGUUCUUGCAGUUUGUGGCAGCGUCGUACGCUUUAAUGGUGCUUGGCUUUCUGGACGAAACAGUAGAAAAAGCUAUAAAAUCCGAGGGGUAUUGUAGCAGAAUCCUACGAGCGCAGGGAAGCACAAGGAAAGAAGGUUACAAUGAAUUUAGCCUGAGAGUGGAAGGGGACCCCGAAUUCUACAAACCAGGAAACACUUACAGAGUAACUCUCCUGGCUGCCAGCCCAGCCUACUUCAGAGGAUUCACGCUAAUUGCACUGAAAGAGGGUAAAGAAGGAGAGAAGGAAGAAGACCACGCAGGUACCUUCCAGAUUAUUGAUGAUGAAGAUACUCAGUUUAUGAGCAACUGCCCAGUGGCGGUGACAGAGAGCACGCCAAGGCGAAGAACGAGGAUCCAGGUGUUAUGGACAGCGCCCCCAAUAGGAUCGGGCUGUGUGAUACUCAAGGCGAGCAUUGUACAGAAAAAAAUCAUUUACUUCCAGGAUGAGGGAUCUCUUACCAAGAGGAUGUGUGAGCCAGACUUGACACUGGAAGGGGGAAAUGAGAAGCCAAUCCCAGAUUGUUGUGCCUGUGGGACAGCUAAAUACAGGCUAACGUUCUAUGGAAACUGGUCAGAGAAGACACAUCCAAAGGACUAUCCCAGACGAGCCAACCACUGGUCUGCAAUAAUUGGCGGGUCCCAUUCAAAGGAAUAUGUUCUUUGGGAGUAUGGAGGGCAAGCCAGUGACGGUGUCAAGCAAGUAGCUGAGUUGGGUUCUCCAGUCAAAAUGGAAGAAGAAAUACGGCAAAAGGGAGAUGAAGUGCUGACCGUAAUCAAAGCCAAAGCGCAGUGGCCGGCCUGGCAGCCCCUCAAUGUGAGGGCUGCCCCUUCAGCUGAGUUCUCAGUGGACAGAAGCCGUCACCUGAUGUCCUUCCUGGCCAUGAUGGGUCCCAGCCCAGACUGGAACGUAGGCCUUUCCUCUGAGGAUCUCUGUACCAAAGAGUGCGGCUGGGUCCAGAAGGUCAUCCAAGAUUUGAUCCCAUGGGAUGCAGGCACUGACAGUGGGGUAACCUAUGAGUCCCCGAACAAGCCCUCCAUUCCCCAGGAUAAAAUCCGACCCCUGACCAGCCUGGAUCACCCGCAGAGCCCUUUCUACGACCCGGAGGGUGGCCCAAUCAUACCCGUAGCUCGAGUCGUGAUUGAAAGAAUUGCGAGAAAGGGAGACCAGUGCAAUAUUGUGCCCGACAAUGUGGACGACAUAGUGCCAGAUCUGGUAACGGAAGAGAAGGAGGAAGAUGACACCCCAGAGACCUGCAUCUAUUCCAACUGGUCCCCCUGGUCGGCCUGCAGCUCAGCAACCUGCGACAAGGGCAAGCGGAUGAGACAGCGAAUGUUAAAGGCUCAGUUAGACCUCAGCGUUCCCUGCCCAGACACUCAGGACUUUGAACCCUGCAUGGGUCCCGGCUGCAGCGAUGAUGAAGCCUCUACCUGCAUGAUGUCAGAGUGGAUCACCUGGUCGCCAUGCAGCGCCUCCUGCGGGAUGGGAAUGAGAUCAAGGGAGCGAUAUGUCAAGCAGUUCCCAGAAGACGGCUCCAUGUGUAAAGUCCCAACAGAAGAGACUGAGAAAUGCAUUGUCAACGAGGAGUGCGAGCCGAGCAGCUGCAUAGUCACGGAGUGGGCAGAGUGGGAGGAGUGCAGCGCCACGUGCGGGAUGGGUAUGAAGAAGCGCCACCGGAUGAUAAAGAUGACUCCAGCAGAUGGAUCCAUGUGUAAAGCCGACACAACGGAGGUGGAGAAAUGCAUGAUGCCCGAGUGUCAUACUAUCCCAUGCGUGCUGUCACCUUGGUCCGAAUGGAGUGAUUGCAGCGUUACCUGUGGCAAAGGUACCAGAACCAGACAGAGAAUGUUAAAGUCCCCGGCGGAACUUGGAGAUUGCAACGAGGAACUGAAACAAGUGGAAAAGUGCAUGCUCCCUGAAUGCCCUAUAAGCUGUGAACUGACUGAGUGGUCUUACUGGUCGGAGUGUAAUAAAUCGUGCGGUAAGGGUCAUAUGAUUCGCACACGAAUGAUCACAAUGGAGCCACAGUUCGGAGGCGCCGUCUGCCCGGAAACCGUACAACGCAAAAAAUGCAGAUUACGAAAAUGUCAAAAAAGUUCCGGGAAUGAGCGAAGGCGUUUAAAGGAAGCCCGAGAGAAAAGAAGGAGUGAAAAAACCAAGGAAGAUGCAGAUGGAGAACAGUACCCUGUAUGUAAAAUGAAACCAUGGACUGCAUGGACGGAAUGUACCAAAUUCUGCGGCGGGGGCAUCCAGGAGAGGUUCAUGACUGUGAAGAAGAGGUUCAAAAGCUCCCAGUUCACUAGCUGCAAAGACAAGAAGGAGAUACGGGCUUGCAACGUCCAUCCAUGUUAACCGGCUGAAAGCGGGAUGCACUACAAUCGGAAGUCAACCUUAUUAGAUAUUUUUUAUCAUAGAAUAUAUACAGUGCUUUCAUUUUGCAAUGUACUUUUGCUUACGAUUCUUGCAGGAGCAAGAACUAUAUUUUCUAAGUAUCCAGUUGUGAUUACUGACUUGUCAGCUUAGUUCGAUAACAAUAACCUUCUAUCACUUGGCCGUUAGCAAGAGAGACCGACUCUGGACAAGUCACGUAUCUUCCUUAACUCAUCACACACGUCGUUAGUAAUACAUAUAUAAUAUGCAUGCAAGAGAAAAUCACCCAAUUAGGACAAACCACCCGUGCUUGUUCUUUGUUUUCCAAUAGACCGGACGGAGGAGUAUUCAAGACACUCCCAGCUGUACAUCUGCUUUGUUUGAAAUAACUCAUUUCAAUGGAUUUUGUUUUGGUUUUUUCUUUUUUUUUUUUUAAUAGGCUACGCAUGUGCUUAACGAGAUCAUUCUAGUUUGUCGUAAAAUGUUAAAUCUACUGAUAUUUAGAAGAAAUUCCAAACGUUUAUGGUGUAGCGUGUAUCCGCAACUUGGUAUCCGCCAUAUUCUAAGCACAGAGAGGGAUGAACUUGAAAUUUCAGAUUUUGCUGUAAUGAAUUGACGAGGUUGCACUUUUAUGGGGGUACGUUUUCCCAAGAACCUCAUACCGGAAGUUUCUUGGGGACCUUUUGGUGCGAAGUUCAUACAGGAAGGUUCUUGGGGACCUUUUGGUGCAAAGUUCAUACAGGAAGGUUCUUGGGGACAUUUUGGUGCGAAGUUCAUACAGGAAGGUUCUUGGGGACAUUUUGGUGCGAAGUUCAUACAGGAAGGUUCUUGGGGACCUUUUGGUAUGAAGUUCAUACAAGAAGGUUCUUGGGGACCUUUUGGUGCCAAGUUCAUUCAGGAAGGUUCUUGGGGACCUUUUGGUGCCAAGUUCAUACAGAAAGGUUCUUGGGGACCUUUUGGUGCCAAGUUCAUACAGGAAGGUUCUUGGGGACCUUUUGGUGCCAAGUUCAUACAGGAAGGUUCUUGGGGACCUUUUGGUGCCAAGUUCAUACAGGAAGGUUCUUGGGGACCUUUUGGUGCCAAGUUCAUACAGGAAGGUUCUUGGGGACCUGUUGGUGCCAAGUUCAUACAGGAAGGAUCUUGGGGACCUGUUGGUGCCAGGUUCAUACAGGAAGGUUCUUGGGGACCUUUUGGUGCCAAGUUCAUACAAGAAGGUUCUUGGGGACCUUUGUGUGUCAAGUUCAUACAAGAACCAGCCGGUACCAGCUUCUAGAGUGAAGAUGAUGAGGGUGAAGUCAUUAUUAACAAUCAAUAUUUUAUUAUAGGUCCUUUUUGUUUCCUUACCUAGGCAAUGACAAAUUCACCCAAAUUGGUUCACCCUUGUAUGAAACCAAGCUUUUGGGUACUUAGGAACUAUUCGAAUACACGGUAUAAUAAUGCAGUUUUUACAUUCAAAAUGGAGGGUAAAAUGAUAUUGGUCAUUGAACUUGACAUUAGUCUGGCCUUGGCAUUGCUUCUUUCUUCUCUAGGCAUCAUAGCAAGGCAAAGCUUAUGGUUCUCCCCUGUUGUCACCACAAUUUUUGUUCCUGCAGCUUUUGAGCCUGAGAAUGUCUUACAGUAACAACAUUGGCUGUAGGGUUGCCACCUGUCCGGUUUUGACCCGAAUAGUCGGGUUUUCAAAAGGGCUGCCCGGGUCAAACCCUCCUGCCCGGUUUCCCAAAUUAGGAAAACUCAGGAGGACAUUGACGCGGUGGUUGGGCGAUCUCUGCAUCAUAGCCCCGCCCCCUGAUGUAACAGUCCUGCCUAUUCCCACCCCCUGAUGUCAUAGCCCCGCCACCUCCCCACCCCCUGUGACAUCACCGCCACCUCCUGCCCGGCUAAGAAAGCCAGUAGAGGUGGCAACCCUAAUUGGCUGAAGUUAACAACCAUUUCUGAAUCCCCACCAUAUUAGGUUGUUAUUUUAUUGUCAGUAUUACACUACGCCACAUUUUGUCUGUUGUUCACUUACUGUUUAUUUCUUGAUUGCUUCUUUUUUUCUACAAUGUACAUGUUUGCAUCCAUUAAUAUACAUAUAAAUAUAUUGGUAUAUAUUAAAACUGUGAUAUAUGCAAUCCUGAUGUUAUCAAUUAGCCAUAAGUUAAAAAA